AUGCCCAAGAAGUUCCAAGUAAGAGACCACCUGGUUACUGCAAUCUUCAGGAGAAACAUGGAGAUGAUGUGGAGAGUCUCGACUUGCCUCUUCGCCUCGUCUCUCCGCCUCGUCUCUCCAUCUCUCGAGCAGUGUCUCUCCGCCUCGACUCUCCUCUCCGUCUCUCACUUUGUCUUUGAUUCGCUUCAGAUGGAUGAUGAAACUUUGAACCUAUAUGAUGAUGAUGAUGAUGAAUAUUUGAGUGGUAAUGAGAUGAUGAAUCAGAAUGAAGAUGGUCAUGAUUCUGUACAAGAUGAUUCUGCAAGUGCAGCUGGGAAUAGAGGAAGGCGGAGACGUAACAAGCGGAGGCAUUCAAAGUGUUGGAAGCAUUUUGAAAUUGUAGGAGAUAAAUUUCCUGAUGGGACUACUAAAGUUAUUUGCAAGCAUUGUGAGUAUUCCUAUUUCAUAGAUCUAAGCAAUGGGACUAAUACUUUACUGCGUCAUAGUAGAGUUUGUUCAAAGAAUCCUGGAAGCACACCUAGAAGUAGGAAGUUUGAUAUAAUGGACUUCCGUGAGAUGAUUGCUGGUGCUAUUGUUGAGCACGAUCUUGCAUACUCAUUUGUUGAGUUUAGAAGAAUUAGAGAAGCUUUUGAGUAUGCGAAUCCUAGUAUUGAGUUUUGGUGUAGAAACACUGUUGUGUCUGAUGUUCAUAAGAUAUAUGAGAAUGAGAAAGCUGGUCUUAGGAAGGUUUUGAGUGAAGUUCCUGGGAGGAUCUGUUUUACUACUGAUUUGUGGAGGGCAAUCACUGUGGAGGGGUAUUUAUGUCUGACAGCUCAUUACGUUGAUAAUUGGAAGCUAAAGGCGAAGAUACUGUCAUUCUGUGCUUUUCCCCCACCUCAUACUGGUUAUAGUAUUGCUAUGAAGGUGAUGGAGUUAGUGAAAGAAUGGGGAUUAGAGAAGAAAGUGUUUAUAGUGACUGUCGACAAUGCUUCUUCAAACGACAAUAUGCAAGGGGUUCUAAAGACACAACUUCGCAGAGCUUUGGUGUGUAAUGGCGAUGAUGCCUUAGAGAAAAUCAGGGAAAGCGUGAAGUUUGUAAAGUCUUCAGAGUCGAGAGAGCAAAUGUUUCAGACCUGUGUUGAAACUGUUGGGAGGAAGAAAGAAGCUGGUCUUGUUUUGGAUGUGGCAACGAGGUGGAAUUCAACCUUUAAGAUGUUGUCUAGAGCUCUUCCAUUGAGAGAAGCAUUGCGUAAUCUCUCAGAAGUAGAUCCGAGUUACAAGUGCUUUCCAUCAGAAUUGGAGUGGUCUAGAGGAGCACUCAUCUAUCCAUUAACAAGCAAGGCGAAAGUCGAUCAUAUCCGAAAGAAGAUUAAAAAGUUGUAUGGAGUAUACAAGAAGGAUCCUAAGAGCACUACUGCGAGCCCUUCAGAAGCCACAUUGGUGAACAGUAUACCAGCUGGAUAUGGGGACUUUUAUGCAUUCUUUUCUCAGAAUGCGGGAACAGGAAAAUCAGCUUUAGAUGUGUACUUGGCUGAACCGGUUUUAGAUAUGGCUGCCUUUAUGACUCUAGAUGUCUUGAGAUAUUGGAAAAACAAUGCAACACGGUUUAAAGAGCUGUCCCGCAUGGCGUGUGAUGUUCUUUCAAUUCCCAUUACAACCGUGUCUUCUGAGUCGAAGCCGUGUUCUUAG